UCUUUUUUCCCGUCUCCCCUUUCCUCCCCUACAGCAGUUUAGUCAAAUCCGAAACUCCAGAGUUGACAAACAGCGAGUUUACGGAGUCAACGUUAGAGAUGCAGUGAAAAGAGGACAGCAGGGAAGAGUCCUGCGGCUCAAAGUGCAAACGUUCGCGGGAACAUGAGCUGCAUUUCGGACUAAACGGUUUCUAACAAAAGCCUUUCAGUUCUUCUCUCUGUGAAGUGGUCGUCUCAUUUCAACCAUGGCUCGUGGCUGUAUCUGCUGCGUGAAGUACAUGCUCUUCCUCUUCAACCUGCUGUUCUGGUUAGGUGGGUGUGGCCUGUUGGGUGUCGGAGUCUGGCUCUCGGUCUCCCAGGGCAACUUUGCGACGCUGUCUCCUUCCUUCCCUUCGCUCUCUGCCGCCAACCUCAUCAUCACCCUGGGCACCAUCGUCAUGGUGACAGGCUUCCUGGGAUGUUUGGGUGCCAUCAAGGAGAACAAGUGUCUGCUGCUGAGUUUCUUCAUCGUUCUGUUGGUCAUCCUCCUGGCUGAACUCAUCCUCCUCAUCCUGUUCUUCGUCUACACUGACAAGGUGAGUGAGAACGCCAGACGAGACCUGAAGGAAGGUCUGGUUCUGUACAACACAGAGAACAACGCUGGUCUGAGGGACGCAUGGAGCACGAUACAGGAAGAGUGGAGAUGUUGUGGAGUGAUGAAUCACAACGACUGGUACGUGGCCCUGCACGAGAACGUGGUUCCUGAGAGCUGCUGUCAGCACAUGUUCCCUGGCUGUGGCCGCAACGCUUCUAACAGCUUCUGGACUCGGGGUUGUUAUGAGAAGGUGGAGGAGUGGUUGGAUGACAACAAACACCUUUUGGGAACCAUCGCCAUGUGUGUGCUGGUCAUACAGCUCCUGGGCAUGGCCUUCUCCAUGACGCUGUACCAGCAGAUCCACAGAGCAGGGAAAAAGUACGAAGCCUGACGCUGUAGAAAUGGAACCAGCGUUUAAAAAAUAUAUAUAUAUUUUAAAUAUCAAUUCCACCUUUAACCUGCACCUUUUGUUUUUUAGUCAAAUUAGGUCGAAUACUGUGUGAGUUUCUACAAACCUGUAUCUCAGUUACUGUUGUCUACAGUAUUAGAGCUUUUUAUAUUGUUACAUCACAGUAUAGUGAGUGUUGUUUUUUGUUUUUCUUUGUAAAAUAUCAGCGUGAUAAUUAAAAAAAACGACUGAAGACAGACGAGGUUCACACUGCAGACAGAAACGACUCACAUCUGAUUUUUCUGUCAGUGUGAACAGAUCAGACUUUUUAGUGUCAGACCAGCUCACUUUUUAUUGGUCCUCCUGUAUCACAGCCAUAUCUGAUGUUUUCCAAAAAUGAUCACAUUAAUUGACAAAGAUGCAAAAAAAUGUCUUUCAGUUAAAGUUAUAAUAUGAACUAACGCAAAAUCAUCAAACGUUAGCAACAUGUCUGAAUUGAGCAACAGGAGCUGCAGUGUGAACUCAGUCCAAACUCAGUCUGGUCUGUGGAAGAAUGAGACAAAAGAAGAAAACUGUAGAAGGAUCGAACCAGGAAUAUGUUUAGUUGUAAAGAUACGACCACCGAAAAUAAACCUUUUUCAUAAGA